AUGCAGCGAUCGGAGACGCAGAGUUUGGCCAGUUUCGAUGGUCGCGUGGAGCAGAUCCUUCUACGUCGCGCCGCGGAUGCAGAGGCCCGUUGUCGUCGGAUCAUGGAGGGCAAGAGGCAGGCCAUCACGGAGAGACAGCUCCAGCUUCAAUCCCAGGUGACGGCUGCGGAAGAGGCACUUCGCCGUGAGAAGGAAGCGGCCCUGGAGCUUCAAACCGAGGUCUCCUUGGAGCGAUGGGAGCUGCAGCAGAGUGCCAAGUGUCUGGCGAAGAUUUGGCCGGAAGUCGAGGAGACAACUGGAGCUCUUGCUCUGGCUCAAGAGAAAGUCCUCCAACUGAGGCAGGCAUCUGAAGAGCACAGUUACACCGAGAAGCAGAACUUGGAGAUCGCCAGCAGCAUCUACGAGCUCUACGCUGCGGCUUCGGGCAUCCGCUGGGACUUGGAAUCUGACGACCUCGAGGGGUACAUCGCCAUUGGCAACAAAGCUCGCGUCUUCAAGGUGGAGGAGCCCGGCACCAAGGAGUCCGCUGAUGCUCUUUGGGAUGAGAUCGAGGCCUGCAGCCGUGACUCACUGAGCUGA